GGGUAUUAUGCCAUCAAGCUCAGGGAUCAAACUAAGACGCCCAAAGUGACAGGAAGCAAGAAACCGAAAUACACAACGAUAGUCCAAGACCACCGGACUAACAAUCUCUUGAAGCGAAUUUACAGUGAAAGAAAACAAACGCUCAAAAGAUGG